AUGCCGCAUACUAAUCGGAAGGUGGAGCCAGAGACCCCCAGCAUGAAUGACGAAAAAACGGAAGAUGAAAUCACCAAGUUUCCAAUGACUGUCAGUGUGAAGAGUGAAGAAAAUGAAGGUCCAAGCGAAGAGAGCGGUGCAGCAAAAUCUUCCAGCGACAGCUCAUUUCAUCACCUGACAAGAAAAGACAUCAAAGUAGAAGAUCUUCACCCUGAGAAGCACGAUCCCCUCCACGUCAAACAGGAGGAGGAGUCGGUGAUUCCAAACAUUAAACAGGAAGCAGAGCCAGAAUCCGCCAGCAUCGAAGAAGAACGGGAAGAGGAAAUACCCAAGUUUCCAAUGGCCUUCAGUGUGAAGAGUGAAAAAGAUGAAGUUCCAAGCGAAGGGAACAGAGCAGCGAAACGUUUCAGCGACAGCUCGUUUCAACACCUAACAACAAAAGACAUCACAGUGCAAGAUCUUCACUCUGUGAAGCACGACCCCCCCGUCAAACAGGAAGAGUUGGAGAUGCCGUAUACAGAACAGGAGGCGGAGCCAAAGAUCCCCAGCAGUAAAAAAGAAGAACAGGAAGAUGAAAUCCCCGAGUUUCAAAUGACCUUCAGUGUGGAGACAGAAGGAGAAGAAAGUCCCAGCGAAGAGAGCGGCGCAGCUAAACCUUCAAGGGACAGCUCAUUUCAACACCUGAUGGGAAAAGGUGAAAGACAAUCGCUCAAAAGACAAUUGAAAAGAGAGACAAAAGAGUACGUUGAACACUUAACAUCACACGCACGAACUCACUCUGGAGAGAAGCCUUUUGGCUGCUCACAUUUUUGUGGUAAAACAUUUUGUCAAAAAGAACACUUAACAUCACACACACGUACACACACUGGAGAAAAGCCUUUUUCAUGCUCACUUUGUGGGGAAAGAUUCACUGAGAAAGGAACUUUACAAAAACACAUAAGAACACACGCUGGAGAGAAGCCUUUUGCCUGCUCAGAUUGUGGUAAAAAGUUCACAGAGAAAGGAACUUUAAAAACACACAUAAGAACACACACUGGAGAGAAGCCUUUUGCCUGCUCAGUUUGUGGUAAAAGGUUCACUGAGAAUUCGAAUUUAAAAGUACACACAAGAACACACACUGGGGAGAAGCCUUUUGACUGCUCACGUUGCGAUAAACGAUUUUGUACAAAGCAAGAUUUAACAAAACACACAAGAACACACACUGGAGAAAAGCCUUUUUCAUGCUCACUUUGUGGGAAACGGUUCACUGAGAAAGGAACUUUACAAAUACACAUAAGAACACACACUGGAGAGAAACCCUUUGCCUGUUCACUUUGCGGUAAAAGAUUUUGUACAAAGCAAGAGGAAAUUUUUAAAAAACACACAAGAACACACACUGGCGAGAACCCUUUUGCCUGCUCAGUUUGUGGUAAAAGAUUCACUGAGAAGGGAAAUUUAAAAACACACACAAGAAUACACACUGGAGAGAAGCCUUUUGCCUGCUCACUUUGUGGUAAAAGAUUCACAUUGAAAGGAACUUUAAAAACACACAUAAGAACACACACUGGAGAGAAGCCUUUUGCCUGCUCAGUUUGUGGUAAAAGAUUCACGGAGAAUUCAAAUUUAAAAGUACACAGGAGAACACACACUGGAGAGAAGCCUUUUGCCUGCUCACAUUGCAAUAAAAGAUUUUAUGUCAGUGAAUAUCUUUGCCCGAAGCAGCAGAAGCCAGAGUCCCCCACCAUCAAAGAGGAAGAGACCCCAGAUUGCCUUCACGUUAAAGAGGAAGAUGAGUCAGCUCGCGUCUCUCACAUUAAAGAAGAAAAGCAGGAGGACGAAAUCACCAAGAUUCCAUUGACUGCCAUCACUGCCAAGAGGGAAGAAAGUGACCGAGAACACACAUCAACCUCCUCUAUAAAAGACGGCAGCGAGGUGAGACACAUCCGCACACACACUGGAGAUAAACCAUAUCCUUGUUCCGUUUGUGGCCAACACUUCUCUAUAAAGGCCAAUUUAAGAAGGCACGUGCGACGCCACAAUGGAGAAAAACCUUUCAGCUGCUCACUUUGCAGUAAAACAUUCACUGAGAAUGCUUUGAAGCAACACAUGAGAACACACACUGGAGAAAAACCUCAUUCCUGCUUGCUCUGCGGGAGAAGAUUUACAACUAAGAAGCAUUUAAUAAGACACAAAAAAGCUCACACUGGAGAAAAAUCGUUCGCUUGUUCGUUCUGCGAAAAAAAGUUCGUCUCGGGCACUGAUUUAACGACGCACACGAGAAAGCACACCGGUGAGAAACCGUUCGCCUGCAAAGUUUGUGGUCAAAGAUUUGCGGCCAAGGCUGGUUUGAGGGUGCACACAAGAAAACACACGGGCGAGAAUGUUUUACCUUGCUCUGUUUGCGGGAAAACCUUUAUCCGACGGUGCAAUUUAACGGCGCACGAACGGAUGCAUAGCGGUGAGAAACCGUUCAGUUGUAGCGUGUGUCACAAAAGUUUUGGUCAGAAGGCUACGAUUCAGAAACACAAAUGCAUCGCUGGAAAGAACUGGUUAACAAUUUUACACGGAAACUGA